GUGGUGUCGUCGCUGCUGGCCCUUUAGGCUCUGAAUGUGCGCGGAUUGGGUGGAUCUCCCUUCUUGCUCCAAAUCUCUUAUGGAACCUAAAGAGACAAAAUAUGAAGAGCAGAAAAUAGGCGGCCACAUGCCAAAGAAGAUGAAAACUAACCCCUCCCCCUAGGUCUGGAUGGAGAAUACUGUAAAGUGAAAUGACAGACCAGGAGAAUAACAACAACAUCUCAAGUAACCCCUUUGCUGCUCUUUUUGGCUCCCUGGCUGAUGCCAAGCAGUUUGCAGCAAUCCAAAAAGAGCAGCUGAAGCAACAAUCUGAUGAAACCCCAGCUAGCCCAGAUGACUCGGAUAAUAGUGUGUCAGAGAGCCUGGAUGAAUUUGAUUACUCUGUGGCUGAGAUUAGCCGUUCAUUCCGUUCACAGCAGGAAAUAUGUGAGCAACUCAACAUCAAUCACAUGAUCCAAAGGAUCUUCCUCAUUACUCUGGACAACAGUGACCCGAGCCUGAAAAGUGGGAAUGGCAUCCCCAGCCGUUGUGUAUAUUUGGAAGAAAUGGCAGUAGACCUGGAUGAUCAAGACUGGCUUGAUAUGAACAACAUUGAGCAGGCCCUGUUCACUCGCUUAUUACUUCAAGAUCCAGGCAACCACUUGAUUAACAUGACUUCUUCUACCACGUUGAAUCUCUCUGCUGAUCGAGAUGCAGGGGAGAAACAUAUUUUUUAUUACCUUUACUCCUGCUUCCAAAGAGCCAAGGAGGAGAUUACCAAAGUUCCAGAGAACCUGCUACCCUUUGCAGUGCAGUGCAGGAACCUCACUGUGUCCAAUACCCGAACAGUUCUCCUCACUCCAGAGAUCUAUGUUGACCAAAACAUCCAUGAGCAACUGGUAGAUUUGAUGUUGGAAGCCAUCCAAGGAGCCCAUUUUGAAGAUGUUACAGAGUUUCUGGAAGAGGUCAUCGAAGCAUUGACAGCAGAUGAGGAAGUUCGAACAUUUCCAGAAGUCAUGAUUCCAGUGUUUGAUAUUUUAUUGGGCCGGAUAAAAGAUCUAGAGCUCUGCCAGAUCCUUUUGUAUGCAUAUCUAGAUAUUCUCCUGUAUUUCACUAGACAAAAGGAUAUAGCAAAGGUUUUUGUAGAAUACAUUCAGCCGAAGGACCCCAGCAAUGGGCAGAUGUACCAGAAGACCUUGCUGGGAGUAAUUCUGAAUAUCUCCUGCUUGUUGAAGACUCCGGGUGUGGUGGAAAAUCAUGGCUACUUCCUGAAUCCAUCUCGCUCCAGUCCCCAGGAGAUCAAAGUACAGGAGGCCAACAUCCAUCAGUUCAUGGCUCAGUUCCAUGAAAAGAUCUACCAGAUGCUGAAGAACUUACUCCAGCUCUCUCCAGAAACCAAACACUGUAUCUUGUCCUGGCUUGGAAACUGUUUACAUGCAAAUGCAGGCCGCACCAAGAUUUGGGCCAAUCAGAUGCCAGAAAUCUUCUUCCAAAUGUAUGCCUCGGAUGCCUUCUUUCUGAAUCUGGGUGCUGCUCUCCUGAAGCUAUGCCAGCCAUUUUGCAAACCCAAAUCCUCUCGGCUCCUCACCUUUAAUCCUACUUACUGUGCCCUGAAGGAGUUGAAUGAUGAAGAACGAAAAAUUAAAAAUGUACACAUGAGAGGUUUGGACAAAGAAACCUGUUUGAUCCCAGCUGUGCAGGAACCGAAGUUUCCUCAGAACUACAACCUUGUAACAGAGAACCUUGUCCUGACAGAGUACACUUUAUACUUGGGAUUUCACAGGUUACAUGAUCAGAUGGUAAAAAUCAACCAAAAUCUGCAUCGGCUGCAGGUUGCCUGGCGGGAUGCUCAGCAAAGUUCUAACCCUGCUGCUGACAGCCUCCGUGAGCAGUUUGAACGACUGAUGACCAUCUAUCUUUCUACCAAGACCGCCAUGACUGAGCCGCAGAUGCUGCAAAACUGCCUAAAUUUGCAGGUGUCCAUGGCUGUCCUUUUGGUCCAGCUGGCCAUAGGCAAUGAGGGCUCACAGCCAAUAGAACUAACUUUUCCUUUGCCAGAUGGCUACAGUUCUUUGGCUUAUGUGCCAGAAUUUUUUGCAGAUAACUUGGGUGAUUUCCUCAUUUUUCUCCGCCGCUUUGCUGAUGACAUCUUGGAGACAUCAGCAGAUUCCUUGGAGCAUGUCCUUCACUUUAUCACCAUUUUCACUGGAAGCAUAGAAAGGAUGAAGAACCCCCAUCUAAGGGCCAAACUAGCAGAGGUGUUGGAAGCAGUGAUGCCCCACCUAGAUCAGACCCCAAACCCCUUAGUAUCCAGUGUGUUCCACCGGAAACGUGUAUUCUGCAACUUUGCACAUGCACCCCAACUUGCAGAAGCUCUGAUCAAGGUCUUUGUGGAUAUUGAAUUUACAGGAGACCCCCAUCAAUUUGAACAGAAGUUUAAUUACCGCCGUCCCAUGUAUCCCAUCCUAAGGUAUAUGUGGGGGACAGAUACCUAUCGAGAAAGCAUUAAGGAUCUGGCUGACUAUGCUUCUAAGAAUUUAGAAGCCAUGAAUCCCCCUCUUUUUCUCCGCUUUCUUAACCUGCUAAUGAAUGAUGCCAUCUUCCUUUUGGACGAAGCCAUACAGUAUUUGAGCAAGAUAAAGAUUCAGCAGAUUGAGAAGGACCGAGGUGAAUGGGAUAAUAUGACUCCUGAAGCCCGCCGGGAGAAGGAGGCUGGCCUACAGAUGUUUGGACAGCUGGCACGUUUCCAUAAUAUCAUGUCCAAUGAAACAAUUGGUACCCUGGCCUUUCUGACAUCAGAGAUCAAAUCACUGUUUGUGCACCCCUUCCUGGCUGAACGCAUCAUCUCCAUGCUUAACUACUUCCUGCAACACCUGGUUGGCCCCAAGAUGGGGGCCUUAAAAGUCAAGGACUUCAGCGAAUUUGACUUCAAACCGCAGCAGCUUGUUUCAGAUAUCUGCACUAUCUACUUAAAUCUUGGGGACGAGGAGAACUUCUGUGCCACUGUGCCCAAGGAUGGACGUUCCUAUUCCCCGACUCUCUUUGCACAGACAGUCCGAGUCCUGAAGAAAAUAAAUAAGCCUGGAAAUAUGAUUGUGGCAUUCAGCAACUUAGCAGAGAGAAUCAAGUCUCUUGCAGACCUCCAGCAGCAGGAAGAGGAGACCUACGCCGAUGCCUGUGAUGAGUUCCUGGAUCCCAUCAUGAGCACACUGAUGUCUGACCCAGUGGUGCUGCCAUCUUCCAGAGUUACUGUGGAUAGGUCCACCAUUGCCAGACAUUUGCUCAGUGACCAAACAGAUCCCUUUAACCGUAGUCCCCUCACCAUGGACCAGAUCCGGCCGAACACAGAACUAAAAGAAAAAAUCCAGCGAUGGCUUGCAGAGAGGAAACAACAAAAGGAGCAACUUGAAUAAAUACUGUGAACUAAACAAACCAAAAACACCCCCGGAGUGUAGAUAAACAGUUGUUUGUGGUUUCUCUCUUUCUAGUUCUGUUCCUUUUUCUUUCAUUCUUUUUUUUUUUAAACUAUACUAAAUUAGAGAACUGCUCUUACUCAAAUUAUGAUCAUUAAGAUUCCUAAGAACUUUAUGUGCUCCCCUGCCUUGCUGAAAAUUAUACUUAUUAUAGCAUCACCAAGUUGGGAGAUUAUCACAAAUGUUCACUCUUUGUUCUCUCUUCCUAUUCUUUCUUCUUCCUUUUCUUACCAUAAAUUAAUUAUGUUAACGUCAACUACUAAAACUUCCUGCCACCUUACUGUUUCUCUUCCGAGUACUGCUCAGACAUUUUUGGUGAGCACUGCUCUUAAGUUUAUGAUGUCAUAUACUUCACUGACAGCUGAUAUCAUCAGAAAGAAUAUCAGAAAGACCUGUUACUGAGGUUUUAACUAGCCCUCGGGAACUGGGCUUCAGUCCUUUUUCCUUAUUACAGCUCUGUAAUGUUACCGAAUAACUUCCCGUGAAAGCAGGUACCUCAGUGUUUAUGUAUCCCUUUUGAACGAGAUGAUAGACAAGAUGGAAAAAAAAAAGGAAUCUUGUGCAACUUCUGUUGGUAGCCUUUAAUUCUGUGUUAUCUUGUAACUCAAAGAUACCAUCUUGGACAAAAACUCUCCACUGAAAACUUAAUUCUAGAAUAUUUUUAUAAGGAUUAGUAGGGCAAACUUGCAGUUGUAACACUUUAUUUUAAAAUGAGGAAAAUAAAUAGAAGAUGCUGGACCUUUUUUCUCCCAUGAAAAUGUGUUGCUGCAAGGACUAGACCCGAGCCGAAGAGUUAAGCAACAGAUGUUUUAACUAUGAAGAAUGCCAUUUUAGGAGACUAAUAUCAAUAGUAUAUCUCAGUUUAUGUAUAUACCCUGUGCUUUUUUAUAUUGGCCUAGUGUAAACAGACUACCACUUUGUAUUGUCUCUUACAUGGUAAAAUGUAUGCGGUGUGUGGCCAUGUUUACUAACACUCAUUCUAGAUAAAUAAAAUUCUGAAACUAUAAAAUGUACAUAGUUAAUGUUUGGCCUUGUGACCUGAAUUCUAAGAGCUGCUUCUAACUCAGCCUUAGGUCAUCAAUUAACAAAGUAGGGAUUUGAGCACAACCUUGUCUGCAAACCAUUUUAAAUACCCACUUAGCCCUUUGUAGUUAGUAGGUGGAGGGCCCUACUCAGUUGUGCACCUGAGCAUGCUGAAUGAGGCAUGUUCCCCUAUGGACUGUCCUUCUCUCUCUCCCUCUAAGGCUGAGUAUAUGAUAAGUGACAAUGAGAGUGAUCUGAUCUGAAAACAAGGGUCACUGCUUCAUUUAGAGGACACUGUUAUUAGCCAUGGUCUCUUUCAGAUAAGAUGGUAGUUUUAUGAUACUCCAACACAAGUUGCUAUAAGCAAUCCUUGAUGUGUUUUUGAUGGUAUCAGCUGGAAAACCUCGAAUCUGAGAGGGCAUCCCACACUAGAUAUAAAGUAGAUAUUGUCUUUUGCCAUGCUUACAAAUGAAAAAGGAAGUGUAGGACCUUCUUGCAAAUGGCAGAAUGUACGAUAUUAAUUCAGUGUGCUCCCUGGGCCUUUAACACGUGGGUCAACAGGAUCUGUUUAUUUUCUUAAAAUGUGCUUCAUACCAUAUUUAUUAUCUUCCUCAUUUCAGAGAAUGAAUUGUGUAUAAAAUAAGCUUCUGUCUACUUGCAUUUAUCUUCCAAACCCAAUCUAAUAGGAUGUUUUCAUUUUUAAAAGGAGGGGGUGGGGUGGGAAAGAAACAGAGUUUUACAGGAGAAAAUUGGAGGGAAAAGUGGGCACAAAACCUCAGAAGGCAGCUGUUCCCAGCAGCUCUCUAGUUAACCUCUGUGCUGCUUCUACUAUCUCUGUAUUCUACUUCUGUGUUUAGUCUUCAGAUUGCAGGCCUUUUCUGGCAAGCUUUCCCACCCCCCAGCUGUUUUCCUGAAACUUUAUGAACGGCUCUGGCACCACUAAUGCUGCUGAAUAUCUUUAAAUUUGUCACAAAGGCAAGUGUAUAGCUUAAGGCCACUAUUCAUAAGCAAACAAAAUGUCCUUUGUGCCUUUUUUCUUUCUAGCUGUGAAAUAAUUUAAGUUCAUCCAAAAAAAAUGAGACUUUUAAUACUUACCAUCUUGAUACUACAUAGUGUAUAUACACACUUGGAAGCUUAAAGAGGUGUUUUAUAAUCUGGAACGCAGCAGCAGUUCUGAAACUAUUAGAGCAGACUUCCUAACAUACCUAGUUUAUUUAUGCAUUGGCUUUGCUGGAGUAUGAUAGAAAAAUGAAGACUUUUUAUCAGCUCUGGUACUGCCCAUAACUUACAAGAGGGUAAUAUUAAGUCUGGAUAAUUAUUUAAGUAAAUCUUAUAAAGCAUUCUGAGCUUUUUUUUAAAUAUAAUUUUUAAUAGAUAUGUGAAAACUGAAGGAAACUUUAAAGGUUUUUUAAUGAAGCAGGUAAAGGUGCCAGUUGCUUAUAUGGUAUCACACGCUACAAAAGCUUCCUUACUUAUUUGAUGCUGGUUGCUAAGCAGCCAUUGCACAGAGCAUAAGUCUACUGGAUGCUUUUACAAGCCAGAGGCUAAUGCUUCACUAUUGAUGUCGUGAGGAAAUAACACAUUCUCUAACUGCUAAGUAAGAAAAGAACCCAGAAACAAAGAAAAUGAAAAACAAAACAAUAUAAAGGUUGAUUGAAAUAAAAUAACUGUAUUUUGAAAUGUUCCAGGAAAGUUACUUCUUGUCAAACUUACCUGGGGGUGUUUGUUCGAAACUUGUAUUUAAUAAAAGAACACCUGACUUAACAA